CGUAAUCAACUAACAAAUUUACAAUGGUUAAAGCUGUCGCUGUUUUAAGAGGAGACAAGACUGUCUCUGGUGUCGUUCACUUCGAACAAGAAGCUGAAAGUGAUCCAACCACCAUCACCUGGGAAAUCACCGGUAACGAUCCAAAUGCUUUGAGAGGUUUCCACAUCCACACCUUCGGUGACAACACCAACGGUUGUACCUCGGCUGGUCCUCACUUCAACCCAUUUGCUAAGACUCACGGUGCCCCAGAAGACGACGAAAGACACGUUGGUGACUUGGGUAACAUCACCACUGACGGCUCUGGUGUUGCCAAAGGUACCAAGCAAGACUUGUUGGUCAAGUUGCUCGGUGUUGACUCCAUCAUUGGAAGAACCGUCGUUGUCCACGAAGGUACUGAUGACUACGGUAAGGGUGGUUUCGAUGACUCCAAGACCACCGGUCACGCUGGAGGCAGACCAGCCUGUGGUGUCAUUGGUUUGACCCAAUAAGUGCUAUGUUAUAGUUUGUAGUCGGUUUGUAUUGCAAUAUCUAUGAAUAUGAUC